AUGUCUGUAGCUAUCGUUCAAGGAAGCGCUGGAGGUCUAGGACUAGCCCUCACCACACACCUCCUCCGUCAUACCUCUCUCAAAGUCUAUGCUCUGACACAUGGUUCAGCGUCUGACCUCGAAUCGAAGUUGUCACACUUGCCGGCUGAGAGAGUCAAAGUGAUAGGAAAGGUUGACGUGACGGAGGAAUCAAGUUUGCAAAAAGCAGCUGAGCAGGUAAGAGAAGAGACGGGGGCCAAUCAAGUUAGACUUAUCGCUUGCUUAGCGGGAAUAUUACAACCCGAGAAGAGCCUAUCCGCUAUCGACAUCGAUUCCGCCUUACAGAGCUUCAAAAUCAAUUCCCUUGGUCAUCUCCUCACCUAUAAACACUUUGUUCCCCUUCUCCCUAGCAAGAAAGAUUUCAACGAGUUGACCGCCGACUUCAAUCAGGGCAAAGAAGAUCCUGCAAAAGGACUGAUUAAUAAAGAAGGAAGUCUGUGUUUUUCGCUCAGUGCAAGAGUUGGUAGUAUAGAGGAUAAUGAGAAAGGAGGGUGGUAUUCGUACCGAGCUUCAAAGGCUGCGCUCAACCAAAUCAUCCGGAGUCUGGAUCAUGAGCUAGCCAACAAGUCAUCUUCCGCCUUAGCCAUAGGCUAUCACCCCGGCACUGUCCUCACUUCACUCUCACGUCCCGUUGUCGGUCACAAGGCCCAAGCUAAACCGGACGAAGGAGUCUUCACUGUGGAACAAGCCGUCGAACAUAUGACCGGAGUGAUGAGUCGAACUUCGCGUGAAGGGAGGGAAGGAUGGGGCGGGAGAUGCUGGGAUUGGAGGGGAGAACGUGUGCCUUACUGA